CGAUCCUUUUCCAAGAUGGCCGCCUCCUCCUCUCAGGUGAUGCUUGCCAUGGCGCUCCUGGCGGCGCUCCUGAGCCUCGCCCACGGCAUCCCCAAGGUGCCCCCAGGCCCCAACAUCACGGCCACCUACAACGGCAAAUGGCUGGACGCCAAGAGCACAUGGUACGGCAGGCCCGAAGGCGCCGGGCCCAAGGACAACGGCGGCGCCUGCGGCUACAAGGACGUCGACAAGCCGCCCUUCAACGGCAUGACAUCCUGCGGCAACACGCCCAUCUUCCGGGACGGGCGCGGCUGCGGCUCCUGCUUCGAGAUCAAGUGCGACAAGCCGGCCGAGUUCUGCUCCGGGCAGCCCGUCCUCGUCCACAUCACCGACGACAACGAGGAGCCCAUCGCCGCAUACCACUUCGACCUCUCCGGCAAGGCCUUCGGGUCCAUGGCCAAGAAGGGGCAGGAGCAGAAGCUGCGUGGCUGUGGAGAAGUGGAGAUCCAGUUCCGGAGGGUGAAAUGCUACUACCCGCUGGGCACCAAGGUGACCUACCAUGUCGAGAAGGGGUCUAACCCGAAUUACCUGGCGUUGUUGGUCAAGUUUGUCGGUGGAGAUGGGGAUGUGGUGGCCGUGGAAGUCCAGGAGAAGGGCAAGUAUAACUGGAUCCCGCUCAAGGAGUCAUGGGGCGCCGUCUGGAGGAUUGAUACCGCGAAGCCGCUCAAGGGGCCGCUUAGCGUGAGGUACACUACUGAUGGCGGCACCAAGGCAGUCUCACCGGAUGUCAUCCCUGAGAAGUGGAAGCCCGACACCAUGUAUGUCGCCAAGUACUGAUUCCAUUCCGUGCAUUGCCUCCCUGCCGCGGCCGGCUACGUAUGUGCUUCUUCAGGCCAAGGCCAGCAGCUUCUGAGCUUCUGCUUGCUGCAUGGUGAGAAUAAUUUGUCAAGAGGCAUAUGUGAGGUGUAUGCACAAGUAAUUUGAUUUGCUUAUAGGAGGCAAACCAGCGUGUACGUGGUUUGCUCUCCCCCCACGCCUUACUCUCUCCACCGCCUUGUUUAUGUAUAUGUAUCCAAAUUGAAAUUUAUUGUUUAAGCAUGGUUAUUAAUUAUUUCA